GCCAGUGUAGUGGACUGCCCCGUUACUAUGUCAUUCAGUGUGGCGUAAGGCAGGGAAGAGUUGGCUCACUGGAAAGAGUUCUUCAUGCACACACUAGACGCCACACAAACACACACAACGCAGGUCGCACUCAUGCAUUGACAGAGUGACUCCAGCUGCGCCAGAGAGGCUAAUUGAACGUAUCGGUAAACAUAUUCGGGACGUUGUUGGUACCAUACUCCCUGACUGCAUCAGGUCUUUUCAGCUGAAUUGGACUGCGGACAGACUUUUCUUCUGCGCGCAACACGGGACUAAACAGUGAGAGUUUUGAGAUGUCUGGAUCUUACUGCAAAAGUUUGUAUGCUUUCAACGGGGAGCAACAUCAACUUGGUUUGCAAUUCGAGGCGGGAGAAAUUAUCAAAAUAACUCAAGCCUUGUCUGGAGGAUGGUGGGAAGGCGAGAAGGAUGGAGUCAGGGGAUGGUUCCCUUCAAGUUACGUUCAGGUCUUAGAGAGGUCGGCCUCCAUGACGGUGCUUCCCUGUGACGACCCUCAUCAGUUACCCCUGCCCAGAGACUGGAAGUGCUACAUGUCCCCCCAGGGAAGAAGAUACUAUGUCAACACAGUCAGUAACGAGACUCAGUGGGAGAGGCCCUCCAGCACCCCCGGCACGCCCAAGACUCCCCUGCGGCACAAGAACUCACUUCCUACAGUAGUGAAUGGGUUUCACUCGAGUGGGAGUCCGUUGCAUCAUCUGGAGCAGAGCCAUAACCACACACGCAAGCCCAGCACGGACCAGCAGAGCCCUACGACAACCUCCCCUAGCAACAAACAACAACAGGACAAGGAUACGACAACUACGGUUAACUGUGUGACGUUUCCCCUUCCCCUGGCCAUGGCGGAACAGCAGCUGCUCAAACCAGACGAGUGGAGCUACUGUGAUUACUUCUGGACAGAUAAAAAGGACCCCCAGGGGAACCCGGGUGUGUCGGGCUUCGAGGUCUUACUACACAAGCAACUGAAGGGCAAGCAGAUGCAGAAGGAGAUGGCCGAAUUUAUCCGAGAGAGGAUCAAGAUUGAGGAGGAGUAUGCUAAGAAUCUCUCCAAGCUGUCACAGAUCCCCCUAGCAGCACAGGAAGAAGGCACUCUGGGAGAAGCCUGGUCCCAGCUGAAGAAGAGUCUGGCGGACGAAGCAGAAGUUCACCUCAAGUUCUCCUCCAAGCUGCAGAGCGAGGUGGAGAAGCCGUUCCUCACCUUCAGAGAGAACUUCAAGAAGGACAUGAAGAAGUUUGACCACCACAUCGCCGACCUCAGGAAACAGCUAGCCAGCCGAUACGCAGCUGUAGAGAAGGCCAGGAAAGCCCUAGCGGAUCGUCAGAAAGAUCUGGAGGUCAAGACACAGCAGCUGGAGAUCAAGCUGUCAUCCAAGAUCGAGGAGGACAUCAAGAAAGCACGCCGGAAAUCAACACAGGCCGGGGACGACCUGAUGAAAUGUGUGGAUCUGUACAACCAGUCGCAGUCCAAAUGGUUUGAGGAGAUAGUCACCACAAGCUUGGAGCUGGAGAGACUGGAGGUGGAGAGAGUGGAGAUGAUCCGACAGCACCUGUGUCAAUACACCACCCUCAGGCACGAGACGGAUAUGUUCAACCAAAGUACGAUAGAGCCGGUGGAUAAGCUCUUGCAAUGUGUGGAUCCGGCCAAAGAUCGAGAACUCUGGGUGAGGGAGCACAAGACUGGGGAGGUGCGACCGGUGGACAUGCAGAUAUGAUGACGACCAGUCUUCCCCUCCAAUCAACAACAACAACAACAACAGCAACAGCCCCUCCUUCCAAACAUAAAGUAAUCUACGAGAGCCCGGCUUCUCAAUGCUUAUUGUUGGGGAAGUCGAACCUCUGAAGAACUUGCUCCUUCAAUGCAACUAACUCUUGGCAGCACAGAGACAACAGAGGUGUGUACAGGACAUAUACAAAAGAUGGAGACUUUGGAAUGCUUUGAAAUGGUCUGGAAUCGUCGGCCAUUUUGGGCUGAAAACUCAGGAGAAUGAGACCCUGCUCUCUGGAACGCUACGUAACUCAAACACGCUACGGCUAUAUACAGUAAUAUAACGGCGUUAUUGUACAGCUUCAGGGGGAAUGAAACAGUUCAAGAGAAUAUUCUUUCUUGUUUCUAUGGUGUAUAGUGUACUACAUGGACAGUGUGUCACCUGGCUUACAUACAGUAUGUGUUCAUAUGUCUUACAAACUUACUAGCUGCUGCUAAUCUGUAAUUUGGAUGAAAACAGUUGAUUGAUAAGAAUGAUGCACACUGCUUAUAUGGCUCUCUGUCUCUCUGUCUCUCUCUCUCUCUCUCUCUC